AAGAAAAUCCUACUAUAGACAGUUCAAUAGUUAAUAUAACUAACGUAAUAUAGACAGUUCAAUAGUUAACUAACGUAAUAUAAAAGCUUGCUGAUAUCAGCAAGUUGGGGAUGAUCUUGAACUAAUCUUCUAUUCGAAGCCAUUUAAGCUAGGUGGAUUAAGGUUUCGCGGAUUUGAAUCACCGCAAAGCGUAUAAAAAGUCCAGGAUAUGAUGAAGUAAAGUAAGGUGAGGGGCUGGCAAACCGUGACAUGCAUACCAACGGAAGCGUUCAUUGGGAGGCAAGAAUUUUGCCAGCAGGACCACCACGAUUGCUAGGAUGGAACGUCCCUGCCGAAGAAUUGGUCCACAUACCGGAACAUUGGCUAGUCUAUCCUGAGCCCAACCCCUCCCUUCACUAUCUGUUGGCUAUUUUAUAUAUACUCUUCACUUUUGUGGCACUACUCGGAAAUGGACUUGUUAUAUGGAUAUUCUGUUCAGCCAAAUCGCUGAGAACUCCUUCGAAUUUAUUCGUGGUGAACCUGGCGUUUUGCGAUUUCAUCAUGAUGCUCAAAGCACCGAUAUUUAUAUAUAAUUCUUUCAACACCGGAUUUGCUACGGGUCAUUUGGGAUGUCAGAUCUUUGCUUGCAUGGGAGCGCUCAGUGGAAUUGGAGCCGGUAUGACGAAUGCUGCUAUUGCAUAUGAUAGAUACAGCACCAUAGCUCGACCACUCGAUGGAAAGUUGUCACGCGGUCAAGUGAUGCUGCUUAUCGUACUCAUCUGGACAUACACGAUUCCUUGGGCAUUGAUGCCAUUGAUGCACGUCUGGGGUCGUUUUGUGCCUGAAGGCUUUCUGACGAGUUGCACCUUCGAUUAUUUGACAGACACACCAGAGAUACGAUACUUUGUGGCCACAAUAUUCACUUUUUCCUAUUGUAUACCAAUGUCUUUCAUUAUAUAUUAUUAUAGUCAAAUUGUCAGCCACGUUGUCAAUCAUGAGAAAGCUCUUCGUGAGCAAGCGAAGAAGAUGAAUGUUGAAAGUUUGAGAAGCAAUGCAAAUACGAAUGCUCAAAGCGCGGAAAUACGUAUAGCCAAGGCUGCGAUUACGAUCUGCUUCCUUUUCGUCCUUUCAUGGACUCCAUAUGGUACUCUGGCGAUGAUCGGUGCUUUCGGAAAUAAAGCAUUAUUAACUCCAGGUGUUACGAUGAUACCGGCGUGCACAUGUAAAUUCGUGGCUUGCUUGGAUCCAUAUGUGUAUGCUAUAAGUCAUCCAAGAUAUAGACUAGAACUGCAAAAACGAUUACCUUGGUUGGAACUGCAAGAGAAGCCAGUUGCAGACACGCAGAGCACCACGACUGAAAUGGUAAACGCGUCUUCGUCCUCCUAAAUCUCAGCAACUGAAUAACUUUUAAUAUUAUUAGAAAAAAUUAGUGGUCAGAGUUAUAAUCAUCGCGAAAUUUAUAUCUUUUAUGAAAGCAGCAUCAUUAUGUUGAUUAAAUUAUGUUGAUGAAAAAUAAAAAAAAAUAAUUUUAGUAUUAUUAAAAAAAAUAAUUUCAAGUUUUCGGAUGAUGCAAAUUUGAUAAGCGCAAUAUUUCCAACUAGUAGCUCUUGCAACUAGUUCAUCUUAUGUACAGAUGAUUUAUUGUUAAAACAGUGUGAUACUUAUCGCUAUAAUCAAAAACAAUAUUGGUUAUAUAUGUAGCGAAACAAUGUGCAAUAAAUUGUACUCCUGGCAUA